AUGUCAUUUAAAGUUAAUACUACAAUUAGUCAAUUUGGAGGUCAAUUAUUAAAAUUAACUCAUGAAUCAAGAUUCACUAAAACAUCAAUGGAUGUAAAUUUAUUUAUACCACCAGCUCAAACUAAAAAAAUCCCAGUAUUAUUAUAUCUUUCAGGUUUAACAUGUACUCCACAAAAUGCCAGUGAAAAAUCAUUUUUCCAAUAUUUUGCAAGUAAAUAUGGUUUCGCAAUUUUAUUUCCAGAUACCUCACCAAGAGGCGCACAAAUUGAAGGAGAAGAUGAAAGUUGGGAUUUUGGAACAGGCGCUGGAUUUUAUGUAGAUUCAACAACUGCAAAAUGGAAGAAUAAUUAUAAUAUGUAUUCAUAUAUUCAUAAAGAAUUAUUAACUGAAUUAUCAAAAUCAUAUCCUGAAUUAGAUUUCAACAAUAUUUCAAUAACUGGUCAUUCAAUGGGUGGUAUGGGAGCUUUAGUUGGCUAUUUAUCAUUACCAGGUAAAUAUAAAUCAGUUUCUGCAUUUGCUCCAAUUUGUAAUCCAAGUAUUGUUCAAUGGGGUGAAAAAAAUUUUGGAAAUUAUUUAGGAAACAAUAAAGAUGAUUGGAAGAAAUAUGAUCCAACUGAAUUAAUCAAAAAUUAUAAUGGUCCAAUAACUGAUAUUUUAAUUCAUCAAGGUUUAAAUGAUAAUUUUUAUCAAUCUCAAUUAAAACCUGAAAAUUUACUUGAAGCUGCAAAAAAUGGAAAUUAUAAUGGUAAGAUUGAUUUAAGAUUAGUUGAUGGUUAUGAUCAUCUGUAUUUUUUCAUUAGUUCAUUUGUUGAAGAUCAUGCAAAACAUCAUGCUAAAUAUUUAGGUUUAUAUUAA